AAACCUUUAAUAUCAAUAGAUAUAAAAUAAAAAGCUAUGAUUGUUGUUUUAUGGUGAAAAUGUUGGAUAAAGAUGACGAAUUUUCCCUUAUUAUCUUUUCUUCUAAUACUUGGAAGUGAAAUCGUAAAAUCAGGUUUAGGGUUUAUUUGUCCUCAGGAGUUCGGAUACUACUCAGAUCCUUCAGAUUGUUCCAGAUAUUAUGUGUGCGUGUACCGUACUGCACUACUAGAGAUAUGUUCAGGGGGACUUGUGUUUAGUCAACAACUACAGACUUGUGAUUGGCCGAGGAAUGUAGAUUGCUAUGAGAGUGCCCAGCAGGGUCAGAGUGUUACAGUGGAUAGAGCAGAACAAGGUCGACAUGGCGGACACGGCGGGCACAGCGGACAAGGCGGUCAAGGUAAUCAAGGUGUUCGAGGUAGAUACGGUGGUCAAAGGGGACAACGAUUAAGCAGUGAACCAGGCCUAUACGAUAAUCAAGAUUUACAAGGCGAACCAACCAGUCAAGCUGUUCAAGGCCAACAAGACGGAUAUAGCGUGCAAGGCGAACCAACCAGUCAAGCUGUUCAAGGCCAACAAGACGGAUAUAGCGUGCAAGGCGGACAAUACACACCUCAUUAUGAUAUUGAGAACGUAUCAGGAAGCGCAGCAUAUCAGGAUUAUCGUCAACUUCCUGAUCAAGAACCUUUUCAUCUCAAGUCUGUCAUAAAUCCGUAUAAACAUGAUUCUUUGUUUGAUCUAGAGUUAUUAAAUACAGGAGGAAUUCAACCUGGAGGUAUCCAAUCUGGAGGUAUCCAACCUGGAGGAAUCCAACCUGGAGGAAUCCAACCUGGAGGUAUCCAACCUGGAGGUAUCCAACCUGGAGGUAUCCAACCUGGAGGUAUCCAACCUGGAGGUAUCCAACCUGAAGGAAUCCAACUUGGAGGUAUCCAACCUGGAGGAAUCCAACCUGGAGGUAUCCAACCUGGAGGUAUCCAACCUGGAGGUAUCCAACCUGGAGGUAUCCAAUCUGGAGGUAUCCAAUCUGGAGGAAUCCAACCUGGAGGUAUCCAACCUGGAGGUAUCCAACCUGUAGGUAUCCAAACUGGAUUUAAAUGGAAUCCACGGAGCAACAAAGAAAACAUUUAUGUUCAAGCUGAAUCCAUAUUCGUAGAACAACCCAGUACUCUGGAUUCUCUAGAUCCUGAUACGGUUUCCUACCGCCAACCUAGGAAACAGACCAAACCGAAUAAAAACCAAGUUUGGACGGAGACCAGAGAAGAUGACACCCUCAAGGAGAAUAGUUCAGAAAGUCUUGUGAGGAUAGAAUUCGGGGCAAGGUUUUUAGGAACUUCAGCAAAAUCAGAUAAAGGUGAUGAUGAACAAGAAGAAAAAGAAGAAGAUGAUCUGUCGGAGGAGUACACGAGCAAUCUGGAGAAAGAACUUCUAGAAGCAUAUCCUGGAGUAUAUCAAGGACUGCAGGACUCUCUGGUUGUAAUAAAUGAUAACUACUACUGGGACGAAUAUGAAGAACCAGAUGAUAACUAUUAUAAUUCAAGAAUUAGAACAAGUUCAUCAAGAACUCAAGAGAACCUGGAGAACACAAAGAAUGAAAUACUAGAACUUCUCUCCAGGUUCAGAAUUGAGGAGAACAAGGAGGAGCUGGCAAAGGAGUGCUACAAGGAUGCAUGUCUGGCCCCUAACUGUAGAUGUGGAGGACCUGAAAUACCACGCAACCUCUCAUAUCAAACAAUACCUCAACUAGUUCUUCUUUCUUUAGAUGAUUCAGUAAAUGAUCUUAAUUUAAGAAUUUAUGAGGAGCUGUUUACCAGUAAGCGAGCUACACGAGUAAACCCAAACGGUUGUCCUAUAUCAGCAACUUUUUUUGUUAAUCAUGAGUGGACAGAUUAUUCUCAGGUGCAGAACCUGUAUGCAGAUGGGCAUGAGAUUGCAUCCUUUAGUAUCUCUCACAGUUUCGGAGAACAGUUCUCUAAGGAUAAAUGGUUGAAGGAAGUGGCGGGACAGAGAGAAAUAAUUUCUAAAUAUGGAGGUGUGGACAGAGAAGAUAUUAGAGGUUCCCGAGCCCCGUUCCUUGCUAUAGGAGGGAACAAUAUGUUCUCAAUGCUGUAUGAUGCCAACUUUACAUAUGAUUCAAGUAUGCCAAUAUAUGAGAACAGACCUCCGUCCUAUCCCUACACCCUGGAUUACAAGAUAUCUCAUGAUUGUAUGAUACCACCUUGUCCUAACAAGGCAUAUCCAGGAGUAUGGGAGAUUCCACUUGUCAUGUGGAAUGAUCUUAAAGGAGGACGCUGCUCCAUGGGGGACGCAUGCUCAUAUGGUUCAACAGCUCAGGAUGUGUACCUGACGAUAAUGGAGAAUUUUAAUCGUCACUAUCUUACUAAUAGAGCUCCAUUUAAUCUCUUCUAUAGACCAACCUGGUUUACUACUCCUCAUCAUAAAGAAGGAUUUGAUCUAUUCUUGGAUACAAUAAUAUCCAUGGAAGAUGUCUGGGUGGUGACUGCAUGGCAGGCGAUACAGUGGAUGAGAGAUCCUACACCGAUACAGAACAUAGAUACAUUUAAACCCUUCCAGUGUGUAUACAAGAACCGAGGUCGCUGUACAACUCCUAAUCUAUGUACGCUGUGGCAUAGAACUGGUUUAAAGUACAUGAAAACAUGUCAGCAGUGUCCAGAUCUUUAUCCUUGGGUAGACUAGAACAAAAUUAUUAUGCAAUAUGUGUUCCUUUUAAGGGACACAUAAUUUCAAGUGUCUGAUUCACAACGUUACCCUGAAAACCUUUGUCUGAUUAAGAGAGUAAAUGAAGAAAUAA